AGUCAGCAGUGACCCCAAGGGCACCAUGGCUGCCUUGGGCAUCACAGUUGCCCUGCUGGUGUGGAUGGCCACCCUAAUGCUUAUCUCUAUCUGGAAGCAGAUCUACAGCAGCUGGAAACUGCCCCCUGGCCCUUUUCCACUGCCCAUUAUAGGGAAUCUUCUUCAGUUGGAUUUAAAGAAUAUUCCAAAAUCUUUCACCAAGCUGGCAGAGCAGUAUGGGCCAGUGUUCACCGUGUACUUGGGCUCCCAGCGCACCGUAGUCCUGCAUGGCUACAAGGCGGUGAAGGAAGCUCUGCUUGACCACAAGAAUGACCUUUCUGGCAGAGGAGAAGUCUUUGCGUUCCAGUUGCACAAGGACAGAGGGAUUACUUUCAACAAUGGACCAGGCUGGAAGGACACCCGGCGGCUCUCCCUGACCAUACUCCGGGACUAUGGCAUGGGGAAACGUGGCAACGAGGAACGAAUCCAGAGGGAGAUCCCCUUCCUGCUGGAGGCGCUCAGGGGCACCCAGGGCCAGCCCUUCGACCCCACCUUUCUCCUGGGCUUUGCCCCCUGCAACGUCAUCGCUGACAUCCUCUUCUGCAAGCACUUUGACUACAUGGAUGAGACAGGUCUGAGGAUACAGAGGCUUUUCAAUGAGAACUUCUGCCUGCUCAGCACGAACUGGCUCCAACUUUAUAACAUGUUCCCAAGCUAUCUGCACUACCUGCCUGGAAGCCAUCGAAAAGUAUUUAAAAAUGUGUCUGAAAUAAAAGAUUACACUUCAGAAAGAGUGAAGGAGCACCAGGAGUCGCUGGACCCCAACUGCCUCCGAGACUUCACUGACUGCCUGCUCCUGGAGUUGCGGAAGGAAAGAUACAGUGCAGAGCCUUGGUACACCUUGGACAAUAUUGCUGUGACCGUGGCUGACCUGUUCUUUGCGGGUACAGAGACCACCAGCACCACUCUGAGAUAUGGGCUCCUGAUUCUCAUGAAAUACCCAGAGAUCGAAGAGAAACUUCACGAAGAAAUCGACAGGGUGAUUGGGCCAAGUCGAAUCCCUGCCAUCAAGGACAGGCUAGAGAUGCCCUACAUGGAUGCCGUGGUGCAUGAGAUUCAGCGAUUCAUCGACCUCCUGCCCUCCAACCUGCCCCAUGAAGCAAACCAGGACACGGUGUUCAGAGAAUACGUCAUCCCCAAGGGCACUGUUGUAAUUCCAACACUGGACUCCGUCUUGUUUGACAACCAAGAAUUUCCUGAUCCAGAGAAGUUUAAGCCAGAGCACUUUCUGAAUGAAAAUGGAAAGUUCAAAUAUAGUGACUAUUUCAAGGCAUUUUCCGCAGGAAAGCGGGUGUGUGUUGGAGAAGGCCUGGCUCGCAUGGAAUUGUUCCUGUUCUUGUCCGCUGUUCUGCAGCACUUUAACCUGAAGUCUCUUGUUGACCCCAAGGAUAUUGACCUCAAUCCCAUCACAGUCGGGUUUGCCAAGAUCCCACCCCAUUACAAACUCUGUGUCAUUCCCCGCUCGGGCUGAAGAGUCCCACCCCAGCCCCAGGCUCUUCGAUGCAAACCUGGAGUUUUCCUGCUCCCCCCAUGUCCCCUCGGUGCCUCCAGGAAGACCCUCCCUGCACAGUCUCAGUGAAAGUACUCAGGGCUUCACAGGGAAGAAAUUGGGCUAGAGGUGCUGCUUUCCAGAGUUACGUACAUCAGAUGAAAUUUGACAACGAAGUCCAAAAAAGAUUGUGUAAAACUAAUUAAACAAAUUGAAACAAACUAUGACCUACUUGGGUCUAUGUUGGGGUCCCUGGAUCAAGGGUGAAUGAGACUGUAGUAAUGUAAAUGUACCUCUUCCAGGAAAGUAGAAGUACCCAGUCACCACGGUCCACAAAAAAGAAUA